AUGACGAGUAAAGGAAAUAGUAAAACUACACAACGAAAGAGUAAGCCAAAGAAACAAAGUUCGGCUACCAACAAAAAAAAAGUGGUUGAUACUCACGUGAAAGCGACCUCCAAGAAUGAACAAAAGCCGUCGAAACAGGUCGUGAAUGAUGUUUCUCUCGUAAAGGGGAAAAAUAAACUCAUGAAAAAGGGUGUAAAAAGGAAAGUCGAAGAUAUCGAGGCCUAUCAGGUCUCCAACGCACAACCAAAAUUGUCACUGAAAAGCUAUCAAUGCGAUGGUACAAAUUUGGUAUUCCCAAAUCAAACAAGACGAGUAUGGGGACCCAGUUGUUCAAGCACCAAAAAUGUUCAGCUUGCAAUCUCAAGGGAAAUCGAUUACACGCAUGUCUUGAUUGCGUUUUCAUCGGUUGCUGGCGUGACAAAUAUCAUGCCCGUUUACAUUACAAAAAUUCCGGUCAUAUCUUUGCGACAGAUGUGCGAAGAGGUUCGAGCUGAAGAGAGAGUGUCCGAUAUCAAGGAACCCGCCCGAAAACGAGCGCGGUACAUACCUUGGAAACCAAAUGAUGAGGAGGCAAAAAAGAUCGAAAGGAAUUCAUCCCCCUUUCCUUGCUCGGGCUUGAGAGGUCUACUUAACAUGGGUGCGACAUGUUUCAUGAACGCCGUAUUACAGACGUUCAUGAAUAACCCGAUAAUCAAAAACUACUUCAUGACGGAUAAGCAUAACAUGAAGAUAUGUGGAACCUCAGGAUGUAUGUGUUGUGAAAUCGACAACCUCUUUCAAGAGUUUCAUUCGGGAGAGAAGAAGCCAUAUCCUCCGUGUAGCUUUUUACAAUCGAUGUGGCUUAGCUCUAAGCAUCUCGCCGGCUACUCCGAACAAGAUGCUCAUGAAUUUUACUUGGCCGCCAUUGAAAAGAUGCACGGUGACUCUCAUGAGACCAAACAUCAGGGAUUAAACGCCAACAUUCAAUAUUGUGAGUGCAUUAUGCACAAAACUUUUGGUGGUUGCUUUCAAUAUAGAAGAAAGUGCUCUCAAUGUGGCAUGUUCUCAGAUCGGGAAGAACAUAUGGUGGAUUGGCAGUUACAUCUUCGCGGCCUUGUUACCAAUCAGAAAAAGAAGAACGGUACCAAAGCUUCGCAAGAAUCUAAUGUCAAUGAGAUGGAUGUCGACAAGAACAGCCUCGAAGACUGUCUUGAUAGAUAUUGUGAGAAGGAGCAACUCCCUGAAUAUAAAUGUGAAGAUUGUGAAACUCGAUUGUCAAAUGGUCACGUCCUAUCUGAUGAGAUCGUAAAUUCAUGUUCAAGGACGACCACUUGUAAGAAGUUGCCUCCAGUUUUGACGUUCGUCGUUGAACGAUUCCAUCGUACUUCAACGAAUACGAUUAAAAAUGAGGCAGAAUUUGAAUUUCCCGAAGAAAUCGAUAUGGCAAAAUGGACUAGUCGUGGUCAUGAUAUCCUUGAAAAAGGUGGAACCUUGGAUGAUUUGCCAAGUUAUAAUUACAAUUUGCUUUCUGUCGUUAAUCAUGAAGGCAGACUUGACACGGGUCAUUAUACAGUAUAUUGUAAAAGUCGUGACAGGUGGUUCUUGUUUGAUGAUCAUGCGGUGAAAUGUGCAAGCGUUGAAGAAGUUUUGCAAAGUAGGCGUAAAGCAUACCUUUGUUUUUACGUUGCUGAUACUUUGGAGUACGAUCAACCUCGACCAAUGAACGCUAAAAAUUCAUACAAACGAUGA